GCUUCUGCUGCUUCCCGUUUGGAAACAUUUUCACCAUGAAUUCUCGAUAUCAUUCGAAUUCUUGUUACCUACUUCCUAUCUCGAUCUCGAUCCUCUCAUAGCCCUACUAGAACAAGCAUUCUAGGUGUUGGCCAAUAACGUCACUGAUCCCUACCUAUAUAGAACCUGUGCCACUAAGAUGCCGCUCAAGGUCCUAAUCGUUGGUGCCGGCAUUUGCGGCCCCGCCAUGGCUCUUAUGCUACGGCGGUCCGACCCGGAAAAUAGCGUGACGAUAGUAGAACGCUACCCCGGGAUCCGGCACAACGGACUUCAAAUCGAUCUCCGAGCCUGGGGCGUACCCAUCAUGAAGCGUCUAGGCCUCAUGGACGUCGUGCGAGAGAAAGUCGUGCACGAAGCCGGCUUUACCUUCGUCGACGCUAAAGGCGGCAGACACGGCGUCUUCGGCACCAGCGGCACUAACACCGGCGCGCAAUCCUUCACCAGCGAAUUCGAAAUCAUGCGCGGCGACCUCGCCCAACUCCUCUACGAAGCCAGCCUCAAAGACCCCAAAACCGGCAUCCCAGACGCCCAACCCACCGCGGAGCAAAUCGACGCCGCAGCGGAGGACAAGCCCGGGGUGCGGUACCGUUUCGGGAUCACGCCGAAGACCCUAGCGCAAGACGACGACGGCGUAGACGUGACAUUCUCCGACGGCACGGAAAGACGGUACGACCUCGUCAUCGGCGCAGACGGGCAAUGGUCGCGAACACGCCGGAUGCUCUUCGGCGAGGAAGCCGGGCUCGCGAUGCUGAAGCCGCUGAACCUGUACAUCGCGUACUACACGAUCCCAACGAUCCCCUCCGACGGCCAGUACGCGCAGUUCUACAUGCCAGGCGGGGGGCGCGGGAUCGCGAUCCGGGCGGCGGAUCGGCCGGAGACGCAGGUAUAUCUGAUGGUGCGGACGGACUCAGAGGAAGUGCGGCGCGGGAUAGAGAGACAGAGCGUGGAGACGCAGAUCGACACGUUUGCGAAGAUCUUCCAGGGCGUGGAGUGGCAGGGCGAGAGGUUCAUCGAGGGGAUGCGCAAAGCGACGGAUUUCUACGCGGACGCGAUCGGGCAGGUGAAGGCGCCGCACGUGGCGAAGGGACGGGUCGCGCUGCUGGGCGAUGCGGCGUACUGCGCGGCUCCGAUUACGGGGAUGGGGACCACGGUUUCGCUGCUCGGGGCUUGGACGCUGGCGGGGGAGUUGGCGAGACAUAAGGGGGAUGUGAAGAUUGCGCUGGAGGCGUACGAUGUUAAUGUGCGCCCGUAUAUCGACGAGGCGCAGAAGCUGGCCCCGGGGGUUCCGUGGCUUAUGACGCUGGAUACGCAGUGGGGAGUGAAGGUGCUGCAUUUUGUUAUGUCGAUGAUUGCGUUUUUUAAGAUUGAUAAGUUGAUCUUUGCGCUUAUGCCGGAGGAUAAGGCUGGUAUGGCUAUGCCGGAGUAUCCUGAGUUGAAGAUUGAUGGUACAUCGUGAAGUUGAUGGGGUGAGUGGGUAUCAAAGAAGGGAAGGGAGGCAAGAAUGACUUCAACCUACUUAGUACUUAGCCGGCAUAAAUUAUUUGGGGUUGAUACGGUGUUGGGCGCUACUUGAGCAUACGAUCUAUUUGUGUACAG